CAAAUCCAGCUUUUAGUCUUUACUGAUCGGAUGAUUACAAGAUACUUGCCCUAAAUUCUCCUCUCGCAGAACAGACUUUUUGGCAUUCUUCCCAACCGUUUCCUCGUCUGCUCACAAAACAUGUCGCUGCUAUUACUGAUAAAAUUAGGUGCGUGGAUCAGCACCUCGCUAAUUGAAUCGAGAAUUGAGCUGAAUCGAGAAGAGGACACCGCGAAUUAUAGCAAAAGCGCCGCGAACACUCCAUCUGACUGCACCUUUCGGUUUCCACUGACCGUAUGCGUACAAGAAAGUUUCCUUUCUCGGAAUUUGGAGCCGGUUUUAGGGCGAGGAAGAUCGGCGUGCAACAUCUCUGUCGUGUCUCUUUGCUCCGCGGGCUUACCACGAGGUUUGUCUCAAGAUAAGCACCUGGCGCGAUUUAGAUCGGCGGCAUUAGAUGCAUUCGAGUGCUCCUCGUCCUGCUCCUCCUCCUGCUCCUGAGGGGUCGAGCCCGGUUUGUGCUGGACUGGACGCCCUCGGCAUCUUUGACCUCUGGCCUCCAUUCCUCCAUUGCUCCAAUUCGAAUGGGUUCGUCCCCGGCCUCACCUCCAGAGGUGCCGAUAACACCAUGGCUCACCUUUUCGCCCAACAACAUGUGAAUUCGUGUCGCUCUGCUGGCCGUGGUGGCAGCCAAUGGCGAGGCGAUGUUCUGCCGGGCAGAUGAGAACAACGACUAUUUCCGCCCUCAGAUCUUUUGCGCGGGCAAAUCACAGACGAGGGAACCAAAUCACGGACUUUUGCGCAGAUUUCCGCAGUUGUCAUGUGUACAAGGUCUUUAUGUCCCUGGCCAUAGCUUGCAAGUCUUCGAAGUUUAGUUUAGGCGACAUUGUGUCUGCAGCAGCUGACGUACGAUUAUCGCACACUCACUCUCAUAAUCAUAAACAAAUCGGCCUUCCAAAACAUCUCGAUCGAUCCCAGCUUCUUGCGGCACAAAUAGAGGAGCAGAUCGAGACUCGUGACUCGCAGGCGUUCGAGAGGCCUCCCGAGAAACUGGCGGCCAUGGCCAGCCUUGAAGAAGCCUCUGCUUCGAGUUCCCCUUUUGGGACGGAGCGAUUUUUAGACGUAAGCCCGAGCUGUCAUUGCUUCUGUCAUCUUCGUGAUUAGCACCCUCCAGGACUGGCUUGCAUCCCAAUAACCCCGAGCUGCCAUUGGAGCUUCCCUUCCAGCUCUGUCACCAGAACCCCAAGAAUAGCAGAAAUUCCAGCCAGUGCUGGAGCAUUCACUCAGUCCUGCUGUUCUAGGAUGGGAGACAAAUGUCACCAGGAGCAUUAAUUCAUUCUAGGCCCCUAACACCUCAUCAAUCAAUCUCUGGAGUCCCA